AAUUAGUCAUAAUUUAUAACAUAAAACAAUACAAUCUCGGUGACAGAGACGAUCCGAGGUUGAUCAAUCACAUUCACCAUGUCGGACAAAGUCAACGACGCUUGGAAGAAAUACCUCCUGCAGCUUCAACUUCAUCCUCUCAGAACCAAGGCUAUUACUUCAGCAGUUCUAGCUGGUUUUAGUGAUGCUGUGGCACAAAAGAUUUCUGGGGCUAAGAAGCUUCAGUUCAGAAGAUUGCUACUUUUCAUGCUCUAUGGUUUUGCCUAUGCUGGACCCUUUGGACAUUAUCUCCAUAAAUUGAUGGAUAACCUUUUCAAGGGGCAGAAAGGCAAUGAAGCUGUUGCUAAGAAGGUAUUCCUUGAACAAAUAACUAGUUCUCCAUGGAACAACUUUUUCUUCAUUAUGUACUAUGGCUUGAUUAUUGAAGGAAGACCAUGGAGUAUUGUCAUGAACAAAGUAAAAACCGACUACCCUUCUGUCCAGUUGGCAGCGUGGAAGUUUUGGCCUAUUGUUGGUUGGGUGAAUUACCAGUAUAUGCCUUUGCAGUUCCGUGUUUUAUUUCACAGCAUUGCUGGUGCCUGCUGGGGAAUCUUUCUGAAUCUGAAAGCAAGAUCAGUUGCUAUCAAAAAGGCGUAGGACAGAAUAGUCUUCACACUUUUGGGAUGAGAAAUCUCCCAUUUCUGUUAAUAAUAGGGGAGCAUCCAUGAUAAUUUGUAGGCUAUAAUGGAGUUGGAGUAUUCUUUCUUUUCAUUUUCCUUUUGUAUACUAUGACUUAGUUGAAGUUUGGAACUUAAUUGGAUCAAUAGUGUGAUAAAUGAGUUGUUGGUUUACUUCUUA